GUCAUAAUAUGUCAACUGCUGCAAAAAACAUCGUUCAGUAAAUAAAGCGGGAAAUAAUUUAAAUGGUUUAAUGUCUAGUAAUUUAUAAUAUAAGAUGGCCACAAGAAAAGCUUCUAAUUUGGCUAAACAAAGUACUCUAAUGAGUUUUGUAAAAAAGAGUCAAGUAACCGAUGGAGAGAAUAGGAGAGAUUCUAAUGAGCCGGCCUCAGAUAAGAAAUCUAAGUUUGUUUGGAAAUCAAAAACAACAACAAAUGCAUCUUGGACACCACCAUUCAAAACUAAUUCUGAAAACGAUAAACAAAAUGAUUCCUUGACCAAUGGCAGGACAUCACCAAGUUUGUUAAACAAUAUAAAUAAUUUUGAAAGUGUACUACUAAGUAAUAAGCUAAAUGAAAUAGAGAAGGCAAAUGAAAAUCAAAGCAAUGAUAUUUUUGAUGCUAUGGAUGUGGAUAUUUCAUUCAACGAAAAAACACCACCGAAAAAUAAUAGGAAAACUAAAAGCACUACACCAAACUCUAAUAAGAAAAUCUCAAAUGAAAGAGGAUUGCAGACGCCGAAAAAGAUAAGUCCAGUAAAAGAUAAAGAUCCGUUAAAAAAUCUAAAACUAGACAAUUCUGUGUCUCCUUUGCUCAAAAAAAUAUCAUCACAUCCUGCUUUAAGAAAAAACGGAAAGGACGAGAACUGUGAUAUAAAUGAUUUAGAUAAUUGUAAAUCAAUGUAUAUAGAAUUAUUAGAAAAAAUCAGCACCGCGUUCGAUAGAAUACCAAAUUGUAUAAAACAAAAAUUCCCAGGAUAUGAUUCCAAAGUGUACACAGAAAUUAAACAUUUAGGUGCUAAGUUGAAAUAUGUUAUUAAUAAAAAAACACGCAUAAGAACAUCAAUGGAUUUUCGUGAAUCGACUAUUAAUAAUAACACACAUAAUAAUGAAAUAAAACCACAAAUAGAUGACGAAGACAGUGAUUUAGAAAACUUCGACUUAGAAACUAGUAAUUUAAUUAAUAAAAGAAAAAAUACACAUAACUAUACAAAACCUGAGACAUCAACGCCUGAUAUUUUUAGCAACAAUAAGCCAGAAAAGACUAUUUAUUCAGAAAUUAUCGCUAAAAAAGCUUUAUCAUUCGAUGCGGCAUCACCAAUAAAUCUAAAUUCUAGCGUUCAAUCAGAAUUAGACAGCACAGAUAAUAUAUCAGAUAGUAUUAACAAAAGUAAAGGAAAAUUCGUUUUUAAAAGACCAUCCAGAUUAAACGACGAACAAAAAAUAAAAGAUGUCCCCUCUAAUACAUUAGAAAGGUUAAAAAAUGCAGCGGAAAAUUUGAAACCCUUACCUGAAGUGAAACCGACGAAGUUUACUCCCAUAGAGAAUAGUUCAGUCAAAUUUCAAGCAGCACAUUUAAGUGUGAAUUCUUUAAUGGAAUUUGAUGAAUCUCGAAAUAUAUCACUUGAGGUGGAAAAUGACGUAAUUGAUGACGUAGAUUAUGAAAUACCCUUAGACAUAGAUGAGACAGAUAUACCAGAAAGUGCAUCCGUUAUUAAUUUAAGUGAUUCAAUACCAAAUAGUGGCAGUGUUAAUAUAAAUAAUAAAGAAAUCCCAAUAGACGAAGAUGGAUGGCCCGAGUAUAGGGUAGAAGAUUUCGAAGACGAUAUACUGCCAGUGGAAAAAGGCGUUAUAAAUUUGAUGGACCAAUCAGUUAAGGAGACAACGAAAUACGAAGGGAUGGGUGAUUUUCACGCGGGUACGCAAAAUGACGGAAUAACAGGGGAAUUCGACGGCUUGGACUACCCUCACACCGUCCCCAUGAUGGAGAUGUUCAGGGAGAAGUUCGGUCUGAAGUCGUUCAGGCCCAACCAGCUGCAGGUCAUCAACGCCACGCUGCUGGGACACGAUUGCUUCGUACUAAUGCCUACUGGCGGCGGCAAGUCGCUGUGCUACCAACUGCCGGCGAUAUUAAGCCCCGGAGUGACAAUCGUCGUGUCCCCGCUCAAGUCACUCAUACUGGAUCAAGUCAACAAGCUGCUCUCACUCGAUAUACCAGCGGCUCACAUGUCAGGGGACGUGUCGCUAGCGGCGUGUGAUGACAUCUACCACAAGCUGUCGCUGCGCGAGCCGCCGUUGAAGCUGCUGUAUGUGACGCCGGAGAAGAUAAGCAACUCACCUAAGUUCCAGGCCAUGCUUGAUACAUUAUACGCCAGGGGAAAGAUCGCAAGGUUCGUUAUCGACGAGGCUCACUGCGUCUCCCAAUGGGGUCACGACUUCCGACCUGACUACAAGCGGCUGUUCAUGCUGCGGGAGAGGUACCCCACCACCAACUUGAUGGCGCUCACCGCCACCGCCACUCCUCGCGUCAGGAUGGACAUCCUGCACCAGCUGAAGGUCACCGCCUGCAAAUGGUUCCUCUGCAGCUUCAACAGACCGAACCUUGCAUACAGGAUCCUCGAGAAACGACCCAAACUCGUCAAUCAAGAUAUUGCUAAUAUUAUCAAGGAGAAAUUCUUUAGGGACUCAGGUAUAGUGUACUGCUUGUCCCGCAAGGAGUGCGAGCUGGUGACGUCAGACCUCCGCAAGACUGGUAUCCAGGCGGCCGCGUACCACGCCGGACUCGCGGACAAGAAGCGCGAGGCGGUGCAGGCCAGCUGGGUCGCUGAUAAAUAUAAAGUUAUCUGUGCAACGAUUGCUUUCGGUAUGGGCGUGGAUAAGGCGGAUGUGCGUUUCGUGAUCCAUCACAGCCUGCCCAAGUCCGUGGAGGGGUACUACCAGGAGGCGGGGCGCGCCGGCCGCGACGGCGACCUCGCCACCUGCCUCAUGUACUACUCUUAUAGCGACGUUAUGCGCUACAGGAGGCUGCUCGACUUGGAGCUCUAUAUUAUGUUUUGUGCAGUCUAUACUAUGUUUUGUGCAGUCUGUACUAUGUGUUAUGCAGUCUGUACUAUGUUUCGUUGUGUGAUGACAUCAUUUUGGCAGCCCGUGGACGUGACGGAGGAGUGCAAGCUGAUAGUGCGGAGCGUGCGGCAGCUGAACAGCGGCAGGACGUCGUUCACGCUGCUGCAGCUGGCCGACGUGCUGCGCGGCUCCAACCAGCAGCGGCUCGCCGAACUGCGUAAUACUCCAUUACACGGCAGAUGUAAAUCGUGGGAGCGCGGCGCGGUACAGCGGCUGCUGCGCCAGCUGGUGGUGCGCGGCGCGCUGGCCGAGCGCCUGGUGGUCAACAAUGACAUCGCCACCGCAUACCUGCAGCUAGGACCUAACGUUGACAACACCACCACGCACAUCACCGCCCUCAUCAAGCGCAUCGAGGAGCGCUGCUACGCCGACCUCGUCGAGGCCUGCAGGUCCAUAUUUAUACGUCAAACUUGUUAA